ACUAAGUCAGUCACACACUCUCUUCUCUUCUUUUUCUCUUCAUUUUCUCGCGACCAUGUCUCUGUCCGUAGAGAAGACCACAAGCGGCCGCGAGUACAAGGUCAAGGACCUUUCUCAGGCUGACUUCGGCCGUCUCGAGAUCGAGCUGGCGGAGGUUGAGAUGCCCGGACUCAUGGCCUGCCGGACUGAGUUCGGCCCAUCCCAGCCCUUCAAGGGCGCCAGGAUCACUGGCUCCCUCCACAUGACCAUCCAGACCGCCGUCCUCAUUGAAACCCUCACCGCCCUCGGCGCUGAGGUCCGCUGGUGCUCCUGCAACAUCUUCUCCACCCAGGACCAUGCCGCCGCUGCCAUCGCACGUGACUCCGCCGCUGUCUUUGCCUGGAAGGGAGAGACUCUCCAGGAGUACUGGUGGUGCACUGAGAGGGCUCUUGACUGGGGCCCCUCCGGCGGACCUGACCUCAUCGUCGACGACGGUGGUGACGCCACUCUCCUCAUCCACGAGGGUGUCAAGGCUGAGGAGCUUUACGAGAAGACCGGUCAGCUCCCUGACCCUGCUUCCACCGACAACGCUGAGUUCCAGAUCGUGCUCACCAUCAUCAGAGAUGGCUUGAAGACCGAUCCACAGAGGUACAGAAGGAUGAAGGAAAGGCUUGUUGGUGUCUCGGAGGAAACCACCACCGGUGUCAAGAGGUUGUACCAGAUGCAGGCCAAUGGAACUCUCUUGUUCCCUGCCAUCAAUGUCAAUGACUCUGUCACCAAGAGCAAGUUUGACAACUUGUAUGGGUGCCGCCACUCCCUCCCCGAUGGUCUCAUGAGGGCUACUGAUGUCAUGAUUGCCGGAAAGGUUGCCGUUGUUGCCGGUUACGGAGAUGUCGGCAAGGGUUGUGCUGCUGCUUUGAAGCAGGCCGGUGCUCGCGUCAUUGUGACUGAGAUCGAUCCAAUUUGCGCCCUACAGGCUCUCAUGGAAGGUCUUCAGGUCUUGACCCUUGAGGAUGUUGUCUCUGAGGCUGAUAUCUUCGUCACCACCACCGGUAACAAGGACAUCAUCAUGGUUGACCACAUGAGGAAGAUGAAGAACAAUGCCAUUGUCUGCAACAUUGGACACUUUGACAAUGAGAUCGACAUGCACGGUCUUGAGACAUAUCCUGGCGUGAAGCGCAUCACCAUCAAGCCCCAAACCGAUAGAUGGGUGUUCCCCGAGACCAACACCGGCAUCAUUGUGUUGGCUGAGGGUCGUUUGAUGAACUUGGGUUGUGCCACGGGACACCCAAGUUUCGUGAUGUCUUGCUCAUUCACCAACCAGGUCAUUGCACAGCUUGAGUUGUGGACGGAGAAGAGCAGUGGCAAAUAUGAGAAGAAGGUGUAUGUUUUGCCCAAGCACCUCGAUGAGAAGGUGGCCGCACUCCACCUUGGCAAGCUUGGAGCCAAGCUCACCAAGCUUUCCCAAUCACAAGCUGAUUACAUCAGUGUUCCAGUGGAGGGUCCAUACAAGCCUCCUCAUUACAGGUACUAAGGAAGAAGAUCAAGAUUUGUUGAGAGAAGAAAAGGAGAAAAACAAUGUUUUGUGGAUCGAAUUUGAUUGUUUCAUUUUGCAUUUUGGGGACUUUCAUUAUUACACAUUUUGGAUUUGUGGUUAGAUGAGUGGUAGUCUUCUAAUUCUAGUAGGGUUUCUUGUGUUGUUUCGGAGGGGAGGGUUAAGGGGGAAGGGUAGAAUCUCCAUUGCUUUCUCUGGAAAGAGAACAAAUGGGUUUGGUUUUGAAUAAGGCUGUGGGUUGGGGGUUGUGUUCAUUCUUCUUUAGUAGCUCAUAUAUCCGUGUUUCGAUCCACUUUUUCAAUAUAUCAAAAGAAAAUAAGAAAAAAAAUGAACAAAAGAUUUUCUUUGC